CGGCAACUAAAAAUGUCCUCGACCCAAAUCUGCCUCGAACUAUUCCCUAAAAAGCAAGAUGCAUCUCAUAGCGCGCCACGAAGUAGACGACGAAGCGUUGUGAAUGGUUGCAGAUUUGCGGCUGAGGUUACAACCAGGGCCCUUGCACAUACCAGAUAGAGGGGUAGAAAGAAAAGACGAGCCACCACCAAAUACAAAAUAUUCUUUCCGGUCUCGAUUGUUAAAGUCCUGUGAUGGGCAGAGGAGUAAAAGUAAUAAAUAGAAUGCAUUGCCAAGCGGGGUUCCCGUUCGUUUCCCGUCUUGUCGUUUCUUGUCCUUGUCCUUGUGUUUUCUGGUGUAAGUCGAGAUGGCGUCUCCACAGCCUCAGAGUAAUGUUGUACAAACGACGCCUCAGCCUUUGAUGCAUCAGAGGUCUGUGGCUAGGAAACCUGUUGGGAAGCCUGCUGGAGGACAAGCGCAGAGCAUUUCGCUGCCGCAUAGACCUGCUCCUCAGCAGCAGUAUCCGCAAGCUGGGUAUCCUCCUCACAACCAGCAGCAGCAGCAGCAACAUGUCCAACAACAGAGACCUCAAUCAUAUCAUCCUGGGCAACAGGUUCAACCUGUUUAUCACCAACAAAGUCCACAGCAGAUUCACCAAGCUCAGCCGAUCGCACACCCAGGCCAACCAAUUCAGCACCAGCAAGCGCAACCUGCUCAGUAUCCUCCCCAGCAGCAACAACAGCAAAGCCAACCUCAUCCUCAACCUCCUUAUCUCCACCAACAACCAAUUCAGUAUCAGCAAAACCAUCAACAAGCCCCGCAACAACAAUAUCAGCAACAGCAACAGCUUCCACAGCAGCAUGUCCAAGCGCAACACCCUCAGCAACAACCCUUCAGUCCGACAAACCCAUCACCAAACCCCGCUCCUCAAACGACUCUGCCAAACACUCACCCAGCACAGCCACAACAAUCUCCGGCAAGCCCAACUCCGCAAAUCCAUCGUGUUGACACUGCCAACAGCAACAUCGGUUCAUUUGUGGCCGAUCACGGCAGACCAGGAAGCAUCAGCGGUAGCAGCGCCGGUAUCGCAACGCCCGCCACUACAGUCGCUACACCAAGCGUUGCGGGCACACCACGAUGGGAGCCAAAUGUUGUUUCUGCCGCAGUUCAGCAGCCACCUGUGAGCCAGCAAACCCCGGCAGUUCAACAUGUUCCGGCCCAGCAAAGUCCAGCGAUUCACCAUGCUCCAGGCGCACAGCAACCUCAACCGGCUCAAUAUGCCCCGACAGCUCAACAAAUCCCAGCGGUUCAGCAGAAUCAUCCACCUCAGCAUACUCCAGCGAUCCAGCCGACUCCAGCUGUUCAAGCUACUCCUGCGGCAGACUUGAGACGCACAUCUACUGGGCAACCUCAGCUGUGUAACCAUUGUCGAAAGGGGAUACCUCUCAACGUGUCGGUCUACACCUGUCUCAUCUGCAGCACAGCGCAUAUCACGACGAACUUCUGUGUGUGGUGCUUCACCUCCAAUGCAGUCAACACUUCUCACAGCCACGAUAAAUCCUACUAUGCCACUGAAUCCGACCCGCGAGUUCAAUCUUCCGUUCAAGAUGCGACAACCCAAAUGUGGACUAUUCGAAAGAACGUCUCUGGCCGACUCUGGUACACUCAUAAUUCGACCGGCUUGAAGACACACCUGAAACCCACGGCAGCGGCCUUGUUUGGAUUCUCUGGGUUGCCACCUGGCUGGGAUGAGCGCAAGACACCUGAUGGUCGAACAUUUUACUUCAACAAGAGACUGGGGACCAGUUCAUGGGUGAAGCCUGCCAACUCUCUGCCUGACGGUUGGAGAGAAUUGAGAACGCCAGACAUGACGCCGUUCUAUAUCAACGAACAACUUGGAUUAUCGACGUGGGAUCGGCCGGGACAACAGCCACGACAGACGAAGCAAGGAAAUAAGGUCAUUGUGAGAAAAGCACGACCUGGUCAACCAAAUCAGCCGCAAAACGUCGGCGAUAGCAUCCUUUCAGCGACGGUCAAUGCGGCAAGGCUCACUGGUCAAGGCGUUGAGAUGGCAAGUCGACAGGUCGGAAAGCUUGGCAAGAAGAAGAAUUGGAGAAAGAUGGGUCGGAUGUUGAACACAGUCAACAGCUUCGGUGGUAUCGGCUCCGGAAGCGAUGGCGAGUACGACGACAGUUACAACGAUGAUGGGGACUUCGGAUUUGGAGGUGACGACUCGAGCGGAUUCCAAGACCAGCAACAAGGACAGUUCCAGCAAAGCUUCGACUAUCAGCAAUCGUCUUUCUCACAGCCUCAGCAGUCAUUCUCCUUUGAGGAUAAUCAGCAGUCGAUGUUCCAGCAACCAGCUUUCGAGCAGCAGUCAACAUUUGAGUACUCGGUACAGACUGAACAGCCAGCUUUCGAACAACCUGCGUUUGAUCAACAGCCUGCUUUUGGCCAGCAGCCUGAGCAGUUCAGUGUUACGACUGAGGUUUCUUACACUAUUAAUGAGGGUCAACCAGCCUUCGAGCAGGAGGUUCAGUACACUCAAACAUACGAGCAGCAACCCGGUUUUGAAGUCCAGCAGCAGACUACGUUCGAAGCUACUUCAACCCAAGAGCCAAUUUUGGCUCAGCAGACAACAUCUUAUGAGACAGUCAUUACAUCUGAGCAGGUCGGCGUUGAGCCUCCCAUUCAGCUGACUGAACAGCCGGUAUAUCAGGUUACUUCGCAAGAGACCUAUCCUACCCAGCCGUAUGUCUACGAUCCAACUCAAAUGCCUCAGCAGCAGGUUACCAUCUCAUACUCAGUACCCGACUAUGCCGCCGAACCAGCACCUCGGUACACAACUCAGACCCAAGCGCAGCAACCCAUGUAUCCGGUAUUCCUUCAGAACAACCAGCCCGAGAUCAUUACGAGCGACAUUCCUCUAGUUGAAGUCCCGAGUACACCAGAGAACACUACACUCAUUCUCAACAGCGGAUACGGUAGUAACGACAUCUUGGCUGGUACUAGUCUAGUGACUGAGAAUAACACGGCUCCUGUUCCUCAGGUAUCAACGCCAGCGCCACAGGAUAGUAUUGUGGUGGAGGUGACGGUUCAAUCGACCCCAACGCCUGGACUGGAGACGAGUGCAUCGCCAGCACCACUCGUUGUGCAGGAAUAUGAUGCUUCAGCAAAGCCAGCUUCUAUUGUGACGGUUGAUCCCGUGCAGCCAGUUGACUAUGAUGUUGGUGCCAGGUGCAACGCACUCAUUUGAUGUAUGGAGAACAUUUGUGACUGAUGACUAUUAUGAUGCAAUUCAAAACUAUGGUUAGGAUGUUUUGGUCGAUUUCAACGAUGGGAUUGAUAGCAAUGUACACAAAGGAAUGAGGAACGAGACACGAGUACAAUGGAUAUUAGCACGCAAUAUAAUUUGACUUCCAACUUAACA